UAUACCCUUCACAAUGAAUGCUCGUGAGUUCUAGGACUAGCUCAUAUACCUAUACUAGAGUCGACGACAUCGGUGGCCAGUCUUUUAUCGUCAUUAUUUUCAACCUUCAAACAAACGUCAAAACGAAAGAUAAGGCAUCAUGCAGGAAGCAGUGCAUCGUUCUGUUUCUCGAGGCUGCUCUCGCAGGCUCACGACCGGGAGAAAACUGCCGGCACAUGGUGGUCAGGGGUUGUGGAACGUCAAGCAACCUGCUGUUGUGAUUGGCGGUCAUCGCAGCCCCGUUGAUGGCGAGAAGAAAUUGGCCUGCUCACCAGAAGUGCGUCGUUUCUCAUCCACCACUGCAGCUUCGACGUCUCUUGACAAUGUUAAUAUCGGAGAACAUCAAGAACGGUCCUCUACCAACACCAAUGAUCAUGGUGAAACAACCGCUACAGCAACUGCUUCUACUGUCGACGUGGGCGUGCCAACAUGGCGUUCGACACUCAUUUUCCACGACCAGGGUGUCUUUAGUGCUUACAACAGCGUCGUCCAAUACCUGGGGACACGGCCAGAGGAGGAAAAUCGCAAGCUGGCUGACGAGUACCUAAGAACAUUGUUGAUGAGGGUUUCUUUCUCACGGUGAUUUAGAUUCUUGGAUCAUGGCUUACCUAACAUUAUUGAUCAUGGUUCCUUUCUCACGGUGAUUUAGAUUUUGCUUGAUCAUCAUUUCUCACGCUGAUUUAGAUUUUGAUUGAAAAUCAUUUCUCACGGUGACUUGGAUUUUGAUUGAUCAUCAUUUCUCACGGUGAUUUAGAUUUUGAUUGAUCAGCAUUUCUCGCGGUGAUUUAGAUUUUGAUUUUUAGGGGACCGCCUUUUUAUCAACGUCCUUAGUGACAGAUGGUAAGGGCGCCGCGAGCCCGACACGUGUGAGGCGAUACUAGGGUCGCGCGCGAACAAAAUAAUAUUAAUAGCGCUGUCGGUAGUUGAUCUCUCUGUUCGUUGUACAAUCGACCGUCUACCUGUUGACUGAGUAUAUCCUUAUUGAUGCUAAGUAAUUCAGUUUGCUUUGAUAGCCUGAAAACCUGGCGCACAACAUCGAAUUACAACCAUGCACAAAGCCGGUUCUGCUACCAAAUCAAGUGUAUGGAUCAAACGUUGACGCACAAAACAGGUUCUACUACCAGAUCAAGUGUAUGGAUCAAACGUUUGAGGGUCGGAGUAGGAAUAAGCGCGCCGCGCGUAAGGAAGCAGCGAAGAAGCUGAUGUCCGGCUUAGCCCACACGAUGACCCAGGAGAAGCUUGACGAAAUAUGCCUCGUAACAGGACAAAAACUCAUCUUGGACUCGAGUAAGACUGGGGCGAACAGUUUAAACGUAGAUACUUUUUUCUUUGGACUUGUGAUAGAUCCCUCAUUUUGAUUGCAUUACUUCGUAUUCUGUCUACGAACCUCGGAGUAAAUGAACAGCAUUUUUUUCACGUGUGGGCAGAAGGCACCACAGAACAACACAACGAACAAUCCAAAGAACUAUUUAAUAGAACAAUAGAAGAUUGAGAAGAAUUUACGACACUGCCUAUUCUUUUUCUAGGUCCGCACCGUACCUUCCACCGACGGAACGGAGACGAUUACUGUGGAAGUCAGUAUAGGCGGCCUUGAGGCGACCGGAAGCGGCGAGACGGAUUUGAUUGCUCGAGUCACUGCCUUUGAUAGCCUCGUCAUGCAGUUACAACAGGGAAAGCAGAUAGAAAGUAGUACUUAUAAGAGUUACAACACGGAAAGCAGAUAGAAAGUAGUACUCCGUUAGACUUAUAUAUGAUUUUUCUGAAACUUGGUGUGGGUGUGUUCUUGGUAAUAGGAUUUUCUAGGGCUUUUUUCAUCGCGUAAUCCUUUCACGAUCAUAUGUCAACAUCACUGAUUGCGAAUGAACAUCAGUGAAUACUAUAAAAGAGGCACCAUGACAUGACAUGUCACAACAUCCUUGUCCACUCACAACACCCUUGUCCACCAAAUUAUUCAGUGACAAACGACUCUGGUCUUCCUGUCACAACAUCCUUGUCCACUCACAACAUCCUUGUCCACUCACAACAUCCUUGUCCACCAAAUUAUUCAGUGACAAACGACUCGGGUCUUCCUGUCACAACAUCCUUGUCCACCCACAACAUCCUUGUCCACUUAGUAUCUAAAUUAUUCAGUGGCAAACGACUCGGGCCUUCCCGGUUCAAUGGGAAAAAAAUCUUCCGCAUUGCGCGCCGCUGCAAUGAUGUCGCGUCAUAAUACUGUCGCACAGCGCCUCCGCAAUAACACUGAAUUCCACGACGAGUUUGUCGAUGGCAAAUGGACAGUCACAGUGGUCUGGUCCGAUGGCGAUUUUGCCCAAGGAGUGCAUAGUUCCAAGAUUAUGGUUUCACAAAUUCCGUUAACAUCAACUCAACAUGCCGUGCUGAGGUAAAGAGAUGAAUCUACGAGCAGCUGUAGCUCAUCAUGCAGUUUAUUUAGACCACACAUCAGCAGCGUUGUCCUCUUCUUCACCAUUAUUAUCGUACUUAGUCCUAUGCUCGUCAUGAUCGCCCUCCUACUCUAAGACCGCUCUCGCAAAGUCUUUAGCCGCCGAGAACAUGCUGGUGAAGAAGGGGGUCCUACAGCGCAGUCUGACCGAAGAGGAGCUGGCUCUGGCUGACGACCCUGAGGGACCAGAGACGCUGAACAAGUUGCCGCCAAGUGCCUGGGAACUCUUUUUGCCUCAAAUGUUAAGGGCAGUAUCUGAUAAUUAUCCCAGCCUGCGGAAUAUCCUCCGUUGCGCCACUUCGAGAAGUCAAGAGGCAUCGACUAAGUAAGUAAGGGGAAAAAAGCCGCUCACUGAAUUCUGCUCCCACUCAACAUGCUUAUCGUAGUCCUAUUCUUCAACAACUAGCCAGGGAUAAGAAAUCGUCGGGGAAAUCUUAGGCAAGAACUACUUGGCGAAUAGAUUAUUGAAUAGUACUUUUACUACCUACUUGGCGAAUAGCUUAUUGAAUAGUGAAGCGAAGAUAAUACUUACUACCGCUAAACAUGUGGAAGACUUCGCCAACAGAAUGCUUGCCUUAUUUGACGCAACGCACUCCGGAAGAGGGAUACAUGCCAGUGGAUCUGUGGGAAACUUAAGGCUAGGUUUUCACUAUUGUCCCAUGCGUGAGGAGUCUGCUGAGUGAGGUGCUUUCCUUUGAAUUCUAAAGGGGAAAGGCAAGAAUAAGGGAGGAUGAGGGUAAGUUACUCAACCAGGCAUAGUGAAAAACAAGCGCUAAGAGACGCUCAUCGAGGAUACUGCUGCUCGCGGUGUGAACGAGGUGGAGGAAGGAUUGCUCAGACAGAAGAAUCAGGACAUUCGAUUACGGCUAUUCUUCCUGUUUGUUUGAAUGUCGUAGGACGUGAGCACCAAUAAAGAACCUACAAUUGAAUAUUCAAUUUCGGAAAACCGGUGGUAUUAGUACGAGUGAAUUCUAAGGUUGUACUAUAUUAUUCUCGACGUUUCCCUUCUUGUACUUCUAGUCGUAAAAAUCAACUGUUUCGUGAACGUGAGCUGAAAUCUAUUCUUGCCACACCUUGUUGGUUAGUAACUCUAGACUAACCUCCUCUUCUAAUCCUAGACCUCUGCAAUUGCUGUGUGGAAGGAGAAUUCUACGCAAAAGGCGGCGCCGAGUAUUUCCAUAAGUGGCGCGGUCUGAUCGGCUUGGAGGAUCACGCGAUGUUUAGUCAGGCAACGGACGAAGUUGAAUCCAUAGGGCCUUUGACAGUUUCGAAUAUCGGGAACUGGCCGCAAAUCAAACUGGAGGGUGUAGGUGUCGAAGCGCUUCGGUCCGAUGACCUCAUACUGGUACGCGGACGGCCAUGCCGUGUGAUGUCGACGAACGCAAAAAAUCAACAUUAUGAGAUCUGAAUAAUGUCUCUUUUUCAUCUGACGAAGGCGGGAAACUAGACUGGUAUCAAGAGCUUCUGGCUAAAAAAGCCGCGAUCGAACAGGAUUAGACUUUUUUACCCACCUUCUAAGUACUACUGUACGAUAGAUACCCCUAUUCAUCGAUAGUCAACUUAUAGUGUUGAAUAUGUACAAUUCAGGAUCAGGAUGUUACCUACGUCGUAUGAAAUUGCUGUACCACAUCAACAAACCCUGCUCCGUUCAUUUUCCUGCCAUGUUAAAGCUUUUGGACCCACGUGAAGAUGAUGCUGAUUUACUGGCAGAGGGAAGUGAGGUGUUUGGUGCACCUUUUGGUAUGGCUGUCCCGAAUGAGCGGAUGGUACGUGCUGUGAAAAGCUUUUCUGUUAAGGCUACUCUCGCAAAAAUAGCAAUAGCAAGAUAAUUAAAAACGUCUUCUUUACCCCAAGAAUGGGUACACUACUACUGCUACUACUACUCAAGAAGAAGUAGAAGCAUCUUUGACAACACGCAGUAGACUUUUAAGAGGGAGAACUAAAAGGACGCACUACUUCAACGUGCAGCACGUAGGGUCACUCUAAUUCUGGCUACAAACCACCAGAGUAUGAUUCUGUCCAGCCGGUUCCGGUAUGCGAAUGGCUGCAAAAUGUGCUAGUGAAUCCAGAGGGCAUCGGUUUCGGCUCUGAAAAUGACCAUACCGAAAAAGUGGCUGAGCCAGUCCAGCCUUUGGCAACUAUUCCGCUGUCUGAUUCGCAGAGAGAGGCACUGGAAGCUGCGACUAGCAGACGGAUUACCUUAAUUCAAGGACCGCCGGGUACGGGAAAGACCUAUUGCGGAGCUGCUAUAGUCGGAUCCUUAUGAAAUGAAAAAACCUACUCAUGCUCAAGAAAACACUCUUGCAGCUCAAAACUAACUUAGAACGUGUCUUGAGGAUCAUGAGUACACGUUUUCCUGUGUCUUGAGGAUCAUGAGUACACGUUUUCCUGCCAUAAUCCUUUAUCAGCAGUCACCCUCACGUCCGAGUGCUGGCCUGUGCGGAUAGCAACGUCGCGGCAGACAAUCUCUGCUUCAAAAUUCAACAGCUAGUGCCGGGAGCUAGAGUGGUAUAUUUGCAAGUUGUUUUUUGGAAAUGCAGCCACUGGUGUGAUACUGUUGGUGGAAAGAGAAUUUAAGUAAGAGGAUGAGAUAGAAGAACGACCAUGAGUUGAAUCGGUGGAAUGUAUGUUGGGCUGGUGAGAUAAUCAAGACCUUUCUUCCUUUUAGCUACUUACCUGGUAUCUACAGUAUUAUAAUUUAAGAACACAUGUUUCCUUUCUUUCUAUCUCUCAGGUAUAGAUACCUCUCAUACUGAACUUGACCUCUCAUGAUACCUAAUAUCGUCCAUACCAGGUCCGCGUCGGUGACGGUGGCUGCGACGAAUUGCGAAAUCAAGUUCUGACAAAAGAAGGAAAAUCUUGGGAAGAUUUAAACAGUACUGAACUGAGGGAUGCCCGCUCGAACGCGAUGCGAAGACAACUGCCACAUGCACAGGUUGUUGUUGCUACUUUUAAGGCAUUCUAUCAAGAGAGCACUUCCCUAGAGACGUAUCAUCAGGGAGUCGUGGGAGCAUUUGGCGACAUGAGCAUGAUCUAUGGCCAUUUUCCUAUGGGGAAAAGACGCCAAUAUUAAAUUAGUUAGUACAACCUUCCAAGGAUAUGACGCUACGACAUCACUACAGCUCUAAAACUCGCGUUGGUUCCGGAAUGGAGACCCUGGAUGUUGGUGGUGGCUACGAUUUGGUAGUGAUUGACGAGGCAAGUCAGGCUCUCGAGCCUGCCACCCUAGUCGCAUUGGAACGCGCUGGACCGGAUGCAAAGCAUGUGGUUUUGAUCGGAGAUCACCGUCAGUUGCCGCCUACGGUGCUGUCGAACGACUACCAGGUCGGUGUCAGUCUCUUCCAACGUCUGGCGGAUCGUGGUGUGGACCCACUACUUUUGAUCGAGCAACGACGUAUGCACUCGAAGAUUGCGGAUUUUCCGAAUCGAAACUUCUAUUAAGAAUUAAAAAGUAGAUUUUUUAACAGGGUUAAGGCUCUCCAAUCAAGCGUCAGUCUUGACGUGAAAAAAAAAGAACUACAAGUCAAAAUGUAGCGAGAAACUUAAUCACUUGCGUACUAGGUGGUCUGCCAAUCACUUGCGUACUAACUUGCGUACUAGGUCUGCCAAUCACGUGGCUAUCUUCUGAAAGUGUUUUGUAAAAAGGGAAAAAAGACGACUAACAGGGUUGGUUCUUGAGAUGGAAGUUUUUUACACCUUCUACUUCUAAUUUUACAACGGCCGAUUGGUGGAUGCGACGAACGACGAGGACCUGCCUUCCGUCGCUGCGACUGAUAGCAACGUCGAGAUGGUGCACUGCGCACCGGCGGAAUUCCAAGGCAAUGAGGUGAAACACGGAGAAUCGACCUGCAAUCAUUAAGACAAAGGCUUCUAGAUGGUGCAUUAUGAGGUGUUCCUAGACGGGAACCCUUAACCGUUGAUGGUGCAUGACGAUAUGGUGUACUUAGUAAUUUAAAUGCCAGAUCCUUCUGAACAUCGUGAUGCUAUUGCCUCGACUCGCUAAUUCUUCAUCUUCACCCUGAAUGAACUAGAAGCUUCCAAGAAAAAAUUAACUAAUUAUUAUUAUAUUUUUUAAUAAUCUUCGUUCCAGACCCCAAGAUUGGGUACACUACUACUACUACGUCUGCCCCCCUUGAUCACAGAAACAAGCUAAAGUAAAGCAUCGUGAUGCUAUUGCCUGAAAGGCUCUAAAAGCCUUACGAAGCGGAGAAGCUUGUCCAAUACCUGGUCGGCCUUUACAAUUCGAAGCCGGAAGAGAUUGAUUCUGCUUCUAUUGGUGUCUUAGCCCCCUAUGCAGCUCAAAAACGCGUGUUGGAGAAUCUGCUGUUUGAGGCUGGUCUGUGCAGGGAUAACAUUCGGGUGGACACAGUGGACGGCUUCCAGGGCAUGGAAAAGGAUAUAAUCCUCUUCUCGGCUACGAGAUCGAACGCACGUGGCGAUUUGGGCUUUUUGAAAGACCCGAGACGGAUGAAUGUUACGGCUCUACCUGCUGCACCCCAUUGGAGUUGUUGUGAAAUUUUUUUUGCACCUCAUUGGAGUUGUUGUGAAAUUUUUUUGCUUAAUAUUGGAGUUGUUGUGAUGACACUUACACCGUCUGCUGCACCCCAAUCAUUGGAGUUGUUGUGAUGACACAUUUUUUUGCAUAAGUAUUGCGCAACUAGAAAGCUAGUUUGACUAGUCUUACUAAUCAUCUGACUGUGCCUUUUUUGCACUUACUACGCCGUCGUUCUUCCUCUAAUCUUAUCAUGCUUACGCGUGCGCGAAAGUCUCUAGUCGUUUUCGCGGAUGCAACGACACUUCGCAGUUCGACCGCAGGACAUUGGAGCAACUGGGUGCAAUGUUAUGAUUUCAUCAUCAACUCUUCACCAACGGCCAGUAAGGGUCACCUUCGAAGCACCUGACUAUGACUAUGACUAUGUCACUGUACGUAAUAAAUUUCUUUCCAUAUAAUUACCCGUACCCGACGCACCACUGAAAAGUAUCAAUACAUUGUUAUCUUCCACUCACCAACGGGAAGCAACUUCUCCUCUUUCAUUCCUUGGUGCAAGAGCAUGGCAAAGUGACUGGUGACGAGUUAGCCUCUGCCUUUAGCUCCACGUGGCAUCAACCUCCAGUUAACGCUGCUGGAGAAGCUGAAGAAUCGGAUUUUCUGAAGAUGCUAAGAGCAAACGACGCAGGCGCUACAAGCUUUACAAGCGCGACUGUGAACCUGCAGAUGGAACAUAAUGAGGUAGACUUUUUAUUUGUUUAUGAUUUAAGGGUGUUCUGAUGUGAAGUUGUGAUGCAGAAUCAUGAAGGCGGGUCUGAAGAGGAAUAAUGCCACGUAGUUCUUCCAUGGCGGAAGAGACCGUAUUGCAUGUAGCAAAGGAAGCAUCCUAGUACCACAUUACAAGAUGAGAACAUUCUGAUGCUUUCAGCAGGUGAAACCCGGUCGUCCCGCUUCUCCACCGGCUGACCCACAGGCGGAAGAACAAGAGCUUUCGGAAGAGGAUUUCAACAGGUUGAUGGGUGACCACACGCCUGCGGACAACGAGCAACUGGGUAAGACCCAAGCGGCGGAAGCGGAUGACUUUCUGCGGCUAUUAGAUGACGCUGCAAAGCGUCAAAAUACAAUUACAAAUGAUGCUUAGAAGGGCUCCACCGGAAUUCCAAGUCGUGCUUAGAUAGCGGCUACUUAAUCUUACAUGCAGUUGUUGCUUAGAUGUCGUGGAUGGAUGUAAGAAAGUUUUCUGUUUUGAGAAUAUAUAGGAUCCAAAACAUCAGGAAGUCAUCCCCGAGUUCAGGACCUCAGUUUCUAGAAAGCAAUGGUAUUCUUAUGACGAUGAAUACAAUGAAUUUACGCACGUAGAAUUCGGACACAGUCCACAACACGCCACUUCUUUCCUGUGACGCCGUAACUUCUUCAACCUAGAAGGUGUUUCAAUAGCGCGAAUGUACUAAAACGCGUUUUGAUAGCUCGUAAAGAACAUGCAUACAAUGUCUUAGUGGUUCUUAUAAUGUUUAUGGUCUUCAUCUGUAAGUUUUUUUGGUCUUAUCAUUCAAGCUGUGUUAUUGAGUUUCUGAAUUCUUACCCCCCCCAAUAGACACCCUCUAAUGCAUUGGUGCAACUAGUUAGUCGUUGAUCUUGCUUUCGGCUCUGAGAGAGCAAAAGAAAAAAAUGAAUCUUCAAUAUCUUGAUUAGUUAGGUUUCCUCUCCUCUUUUUGCGAGGGUAGGCGAGGGCUAUUGCCGGGAAUCGGUUUUCUGAAAAUGAACCUUCAUGACCUUGCUAGGCGAUGCUUGUAAACUUGUUGCUGGGGUUCUUGCUUCUUUCAAAAACAAAGUAUGUCUCUCUCGGCUGAACAAUGACAUACAACGGGUAUCUAUUCUCAUUUACUACGCAAACCUUCCAAAAAAUGAAUCCUACUAGUCGAAAUUCAUUAU